CCCCCCCCCUCGGGCCGGCCAGUGCCGCACGCAUGGGGUGAGCCGACGCGCGUCGGUGGUGCGACGAGGGGCACACCGAGCGCGGCGCGAUGCUGUCCUCGCCCUCCACGAGGCCCUGGGCCGUGGCGAGGUCGCUCAGCGCGACGGACCUGGCGGACAGGUCGCUGCCCGCCGGCCUCGCGCACCUGGACGGCGGGGCCCCCGCGGAGCCCUGGGCGCGCGGCUCCCCAGGAAGGGUGGCGCCUCCGCCGCCCACCAGCGUCCUCCGCCUAGACUGCGGCGCCACCGUGCCCAGCGGCGUGCCCGCGGAGCCCCUGGCGCGCGGCUCCUCGGGAAGGGCGCGGCCCCACGUGGCCGCGGAGCCCGUCACGGCCAGCUCCCCGGGCGUCGCCGUGGCGUGGGGCUGCAUGGAGGAGAACGUCCGGCUGCGGCGGGAGCUGGCGUCGCUGCGCGGCUGCCUGGCGGGGAGCCGCACCCUGCAGGCGGAGGACUCCUGGAGCUGGCGCGACGCGGGCGGCCCGGAGGGGCUCCUCGAGGAGCAGGCGGCUGCGCCGCGCCCCUCGGCGCCGGAGGCGCAGGAGGCCGCCCUGCGAGCCCUCGACGAGCUCGCCGAGCUCGUGGCGCGCGUGCACCCCGCGCGACUGCGGCGCGACGCGCGCGACUACCCCGUGCUCGGCGCCGGCGGCGGCGCGCGGGGCGCGGCCAGCGAGCUGGACGCCCCCGAGCGGUGCUGGCUCGAGGGCGGGGGCGCCCGCGGCCAGCUCCGGGGCCACGUCGCCCAGGUGCUCGACUGGGCGGCCGCGACCGUGGACUGCGGCCGCGAGGGGUACUUCCACCUCGACCUCCGCUGCCGCAGCGCCGGCGCCGGCGCGCUCGUCAGGGCCCUGGGGCGCAUCUCCUCGAGGUCCUCCGGCUGGGCCCUGCGGCGGCUGUCGGCUGCCGCGGCCGCGUCGCGGGCGGCCCGCAAGGAGAGUUCCCGUCGGCGUGGCCCCGAGCUGCUCCUGCAGCGCCUCCGCGGCGCGGCGGGCCGCGCCGGGGAGCGGCGGGUGCUGGAGCUGGCGGCGGCGUGCUUCCGCAGAUGGCGCGAGCGCUCCGAGGACGGCGCGGCCUGGAUCAGGCGACGCAGCCCGUUCGUCGAGCACCGCUGGAGGAGCGCGCUGGGGCGGCUGGCGCGGCAGGCGUGGACGGCGUGGGCCGAGGCGUGGCGCGCGGCCGCGCGCGAGUCCCUGGAGAGAGCCUGGACAGAGGAGCUCGAGACGACCCGGCGCCAGCUCCUCGAGGAAGCGGCCUCCCAGGCGCGGGAGCUCGAGGGGGCAGUGCAGGAAUUCCGCGUCAGGGCGGCCGACGCGGACCAGGAGCUCGAGGCGGCCAGGCGCGAGUUCCGCGCGAGCGCGGCCGCGCAGGAGCAGGAGCUCGAGGUCAGGCGCGAGCUCCAUGCGAGCGCGGCCGCCCAGGUGCAGGAGCUCGAGGCGGCCAGGCGCGAGCUCCGCGCGAGGGCGGCCACCCAGGCGCACAAGUUCAUCGUCGUGUCCCUCAGCGGAACGGUGCGCGCGCCCUUCUCCGCGUGGCUGCGCGCGGCGCAAGAGGCGAGGGAGAAGCGCGCCGCCUGCGCCGCGCUCGCCUUCGCGCCCCAGCGGUGGCUGCUCGAGCAGAUCGUCAUGCGCUGCUUCACAGAGCUGUGGGGCGGUCCACGAUGCGCCCGAUCCCUCUGCACCCUGGCGGUUGGCACAGGGGCGAGCCAGAGCACGAUGAGCGCCCUGGACCCCGCCACGAUUCACCGCUUCGUCGGCCCCCAGAGCUGCUGGCAGGUGUCGUACACGUUCCAGAGGUGCUGCUCGCCCAUACACGGCCCCGCUGGCAACAGCGAGUGCUGGUUCGCAGGAUCGGCGGUCGGUGGAUACUCGUACGCCUAUUGCUGCAAAUGGCCCCGCGUCCGCUGGACCCGGCCCGACAGCAGCUACCACGACCUCAGCGCUUUCUCGCUCUCGGCCACCGUGGACCGCCUGCUGCCGCAGGUCUCGGCCCUCGCCGGCGCAGCUGGAUCAGGAAGCCCAGGGUUUGAGACCCCGCUGGGGAAGGCGCCAGUUUUCCUAUUGACCUACCUGAAGACAGGCGUUUACAUCUCCUGGCCAUCAAAGACGCGCUGCGUGCAGUCUUGA